AUGUCCUCCCUAGCACUGGGCGCGGCCGGCACCUGGCCAGAGGCCGUCAUCCAGUGCCUCCUCUUCCUCCUCGCCGCCGGCAUGCUCGUCGCGCUCCACUCCCUCCCCCGCCGCGCCGCCCUCCGGCUGCGCCGCUCCGGCGCCGGCGCCGGCUCGUCCGCCCAGUCGCGCCGGCACUUCGCGCAGGGCGCCCAGCUCCUCGCCCGCGCGCGCGCCGCGGCCCCCAAGGCCCCCGGCCCGCUCGCCCGCGCGGCCGUCGCCGAGGCCGACCGCGCCAUCGCCCUCGACCCCCGCGACGCCGCCCCGCUCAUCCUCAAGGCCCUCGCCCUCGACCUCCAGGGCCACCGCCCCCCCGCGCUGCGCGCCCUCGACGCCGCCCUCGCGCCGCCGCUCGCCCGCUCGCUCGAGCCGCGCGAGCGAGGGGACGCGCUGGCCAAGCGCGCCGAGAUCGCGCUCGCGCUCCACCGCCGCCGCCGCCUCGACCUGGCCGCUGCCGAUCUCGCGGAGGCCGUCCGCCUGAGUCCCGAGAACGCCCGCGCCCAUGCCCUUCUGGGCGAGUGCUACGAGAAUAAGGGGCUCGCCGCCGAAGCUCGGGAAGCCUUCAAGACCGCCGCAUCCAUCGACCCAAAGCUUGGCGCUGCGCUUGACGGGCUCCGUCGGUUAGACGGAGGCAACGAAGGAGACGAAAGUGACUGA